GCUCUUUUUGUCAUUUUGUGAAGUAUUGAAUGUCAUAACUGCAAAAUAAAAAAUUAUAAAUAUUUAGGCUUUUGAUAAUUUUUAUAAAAAUGUCUAAUGAAAGCUGCAUAAAUUCAGAAGAGAUAACUGAGGUGAUCUUUGUGAAUGAAGUCGAUGUGAGUUCGGAGGAAGCUCCUAUGGAUGAAUGGUCUUCUUUGGUCAUAGAAUCAGAGGAAAACCAAAAACGCUUUACAUUCAAGUUAGGUCUAUACCAUCCAGGGAGUGGGGAAAUAUGCGGUAAAUAUAUCUCUUUAUCCGACAGCGAUGUCUUUAGACACCCGUACUACAAUUAUCCAGCUGUCACAGAUCCAGGAAUAGAGAAAGCACUGCUUUAUCCUGAAGUAAAAUAUAUAUAUCCUGAUGAUGGUGAAGAAUUAUAUUUACAAAUCUGCAAAGAAAUGGACGAAGCACCCAUAAAGUCUUUUAUUAGUGGCCUUCAUAAAGAAGUUAUAGAUUUGCGUUAUUAUUGCGUCAGCUUUAAGGGAGUUCGGGCGAUGUCUUUGGCUUUACGCUACAAUAAGACUGUUAAAGUUUUCAACUUAACAGCAAACUUUUUGGAUGUUGACGCAUGCUUCCAUUUAGGAGAUAUGCUGUCGAAUAACUAUACUCUAGUUGAAUUAAAUUUAUCCGGAUGCAAAAUCGGACCAUCUGGUGCAAAACGUAUACUAAACGGCUUAAUGACGAACCGAAGUCUGCGUGUGUUGAAUCUUGAUAAAAAUGAUCUUACUGAUCAAGGAAUGGAAUAUCUCUCUACUGCAAUUUUUAAUAACAUUGCUGUUCAAGAGAUAUCUCUAAGUUACAAUAAUAUUACAGGAAAAGGUCUAAAUUGUUUAACUGAAGUAUUUGAGACUUUCAAUAAAUUCACUAAAAUUGACUUGUCUUGGAACAGCCUGUACACUCCAGGAGGACUAUACAACUUUCUCAAUCGUUUAGGAGAGAACAAGGUUUUGAGUGAUUUAAAUUUAUCAUGGAAUUCAAUAGGUGGCGCUCGUUUUGGUACAGCUAUCAAAAAUAUUUUAUGUGCACCUAAACUACGUUACUUAAAUCUAAGCAACAAUAAAUUGACAAACGAGGGUAUAUCAAAUUUCCUACCGGGUUUAACUACAGCAAAAAACCUAGUAAUACUUGAUCUGUCAUAUAAUCCCAUGACACUAGAAGAUGCGAAGAAUAUGUUAAAUAAGAUUAAAGAUCCUCAAGUUAAAAUACAACAUCUGUUAAUGGAUAAUAUGUUCGUGGAUGGUGAGUUUCUAGAUAUUUUAAGACAAAUAAAAGAAACAAAGUUGAAAAAGAAUCUUGUUGUCACUUAUGCUGGAGUCAUUGGAGCAUUUAAGAUAAUAGAUGCGGAUAUGCGAGAAAUCCUACUGAAUAGAGCUGAAAUAUUGGCGAAGAAACCGAAAAAGCGAAAGGUAGACAUAGUUCUGGUAGCUAUGAAUCUAUUGAAGGAUAAUAUUGAACUGAUGCCGACUAAAGAGUUUUGCUAUACUAUGCAGCAGUCCUGUGCUCUUUUGGAUAAUGACCUAUUAGAAGAGAUUGCGGCAGUAUUUGCUGGACCGCGGACAAGUAAAACAAAGACAGUUGAUAUUAAACUGUUGGUGGAUUACAUGAAAAGAAAAUGGCCUGACAGAAAGCUUCCACCCAUUCCACCUCCUAAACCAGAGCCAGUACCAGUUCCUGAUGGAGAAAAUUUUAAACCCAAAAAACAAAAGAAACAGUAGUAAAAGAUAACUUUUUUUAAUAAGUGAUUUUCUACGUAUUAUUGUUAAAUUAAUUUACAUAUAGAUAUUAUUUUAAUGUUAUACAUUUAUGUAUAAUUUUGUUAAUGUUAUUUUGUAUUUUUGUUUAUAAGAUUUUAGUUUAUUGCUUCGACAAAGGCAAGGACUUAAGUGAAAAUUUUGUAAUUAGUUUUGUGUAAUGUAUACAUUUGGGAAUUAAUAUUUUUAGAUGUUAUUUAUUAGAAAUUGCUACUUGAUAAUAUACUUUUAAAUAUGGUUAUUUAUUUUUUAAGUGUUUUUGUUAAUGGAUAAUUAAUAAAAAUAUUAACGUCACU